AUGAGUGUGGGGACGAACGUGGUCUCAGAUGACAAACUGGGGGCCUCAGAGGCAGAGGAGAGGAGCGGAGAGGAGAGGAGAGGAGAGGAGGGGGAGGAGGCGGACCGUGAAGGACACUCUGAAGAUUACUGGGUGAAGGCAUACCUCACACUCUUCCACACAUUCCGAUUUCACACUGCUAAAUCUUCUCCAUGGUGUCCUUAUGAAGUGUCUAACGCCUUGCUGAUCUCUUCGUGUUUCAGCCGAGCCAUAAAGACUAAUCCCGAUGUGCUGCCAACGACACCUCUCACGCAACUGCUGUGGGAUGACUUCUGGGGGACGCCCCUCACCCACAGCGGCUCCCACAAGUCCUACCGUCCCCUCACAGUCCUCUCCUUCAGACUCAACUACAUGGUAUCGGAAUUCCACCCUCGGUCGUAUCACGUGACCAAUGUGGCGCUGCAUGUGGCGGCGACGGGCCUCUUCGCCGUGUUCGCCCGAACCUUGACGCCGCACGCCCGCCUCGCCCGCACGGCAGCGCCCCUCCUCUUCGCCGCCCAUCCCAUCCACACCGAGGCCGUGGCGGGCGUGGUGGGCCGGGCGGACGUGGGUGCCGCGAUAUUUUUCCUCGGGGCACUGCUUUCUUACAUGCGCUACUGCAACUGCGGGCGAGGAAAUGGCCUGCCUGUUGGCUCCACGGGCGGGCGAGUUGGGCGGCGGGCGUGGUUGGGGGCAGCCCUUGUGUCAGCCACCCUCUCCAUGCUGACCAAGGAGCACGGCAUCACCGCCCUGGCAGUGUGCGCCGCCUACCACCUCUUCGUGCACGCCAAACUCAGGCCUCGCGAAGUCUUCUCCGUCCUCACUGAGCGCCGUCACCGCGGGGUGGCGGAGGGCCUGGCCGGCCUCGGGGUGGCGCUCCUCGUGCUCCUCUCCUUCCGUCUCGCCAUUAUGGGUUCGCAGCCGCCGGAGUUCGCCCCAGCGGAUAACCCGGCGGCGGACUGUGAGUCAUCAGGGGUGCGGGCGCUCACUUUCUUCUUCCUGCCGGCCUUCAACGUGUGGCUGCUGCUCUGCCCCUACACCCUGUCCUUCGACUGGUCCAUGGAGGCCAUUCCCUUGGUGACGUCCCUGGCGGACCCCAGAAACUUGGCCUCAAUGGCCCUGUACGCCUCCCUGGGCCUCCUGGCGCUGGCCUCGCUGUUGGCCCUGCGGCGUCGACGCCCGGGGGAAGAUGUGGGAGGAGGCGAGUCGACCACCACCGGUGACGUGACCAUCAUGGCACUCGCCCUCAUCAUCCUCCCGUUCCUGCCAGCCACAAAUCUCUUUUUCUACGUGGGCUUCGUGGUGGCGGAACGCAUCCUCUACAUCCCCUCCAUGGGCGUGUGUCUCCUGGUGUCAUGGGGCGCACACCUCCUCUACGCGCGGGCGCGCACUGUCCGCGCCCGCCGGGUGGUGCAGGCAGCGCUCGUGGUACUCUUCGUCCUCUUCUCGGUCCGCACGUGGAACAGGAACCACGACUGGGCCACCGAGGAGAACCUCUACCGCUCAGGCAUCGCCAUUAAUCCGCCCAAGGCGUACGGAAACCUGGCCAACAUCCUCAGUUCCCAAGGCAAGAAAGAGGAGGCGGAGUGGGCGUACAAGAAAGCGCUCUCCUACCGGUCCAACAUGGCGGAUGUCCACUAUAACCUAGGUAUACUUUUCCAAGAGCAGAAACGGUACCACGAGGCGCUGCAGGAAUACAAACUAGCGAUACAGUUCCGGCCCAGGAUGGCGAUGGCGCACCUCAACAUGGGCCUGGUGCUGGGGCUGCUGGGGCAAAGGGCGGAGGCAGCCGAGGUAUACCGUCACUGCUCACAGCUGGAUGGGUCUGGCCUCAAGGACCCUCGUACCCAUGAGUCCACUAAGAUCUCAGCGCUCUUUAACUUGGGCCGCUUGUACGCUGACGACGGCCACUUCGAGAGAGCCAUCGAGGUGUACCAGGAGGCCGUGGAGAGGAUGCCAUCCCACUACCAGCCGCAGAGCCUGUACAACAUGCUGGGCGAGGCGUUUUUCAAGUUAGAGAGGUUCGAGGAGGCGGAGAGGUGGUAUCUGGAGGCGCUCAAAGUCAAGAAUGACCAUGUCCCGGCACACCUGACGUACGGCAAGCUACUGGCCAAGAUGCAACGCGUGGGGGAAGCCGAGGAGUGGUUUCAGCGGGCCAAAUCUCUCGCUCCAAACGACUCCACUGUUCAUCAACACUUUGGUCAGUUCCUGUCAGAGGUAGAGCGACACGAGGACGCCGCAGAUCACUACGUCAAGGCGGCCCAGCUGGCGCCCUCAGAGUAUGAGAUCAUCUUCAAUGCAGCCAACACCUUGCGGCAAGCGGGCAGGAACAAGCAAGCGGAGGAAUACUACCGCCUCGCCGUCAACCUCAGACCUCAGGAGGCGACUUCGCACAUGAACCUGGGCGCCAUGCUGCACGUCAACGGCAAGCUGCUGGAGGCUGAGUCGAGCUACCUGGAGGCGCUGCGUCUCAAGCCCGAUGACUCCAUCACCAGGACCAAUCUACAGAAGCUGCGGCACCUGUUGGCCAAAAAAGGCAUCAGUCCCUCCAGAUAACCCAGACCCUCCAUCGUCACGUUGAGAAGGGUUGAGUAUCUCCGAGGCUGCCGGGCGUCACAAAUGUGCCCGGAGAGCCUCCAACCAGCCGUCCUAAAGGUCUGUCUCAGAGGCAAGUCCUUCAGUCGUGGUUUUAGAGGAGUGUCGCAAAAAGGAGUUAGAAUUUUCUGGCAGAGUUCCUAGGACAAAUCCAUCCCACACCCUAUGAAGUCUGGAAGCAUCAUAACUCUCGGCUUGCCGCCACGACGACGUGUGGACGGGAAGAAGCUAACGGAGAUCCCUCCCGCCACAUGCUUUGUGCUGGCGUCCAUCUUUACCUGAAGGCCGCGCCAGGACGCUCACGCCAUCUUGGGAGACACUUGUCAAAGCUCACUAAAACUCAUCUAAUGCUCAAGCCUUCCAAAGCCUCUCAGCUUUCCCAGUGAGCAUCAACUUGGUGGAAAGAUGGCGGCUGCGGGCCCUGGCAGGCAGCUCGCUGCGGGGCCUUCUCUUCACGACACCAGUGGGAGGGACCCGCAGCGGUGCUAACUCUGGAUCAUAACAGCUGAUCUAGUCACAUCAUAGAGCAGUAGCGACAGUUCCCAAGUGGGCGUGAAGGCGUCCGGCUAAGAAUCCUGGUGUCGCCAUGCUGGUGCAGUCUCCGCGCUGAGAGACCCGUCUGGUCCACGCUACAGUGCGUCCACGCUGAGGUGUGCGUGGCAGGUCCCUGUGAUCAGCUCUCCAUGGUAUCAGAUGAAGAAAGAUGUGAAAAAAAUAAUCAAAGGAGGACUUCAAUGGUCCAUCCCUCCAACGCAUUUCGCUCAUAAGUGGUCCAGAGGCGCCGCAAUGUAAGUUUGGAGAGUCAGGAAAAGACCAGUGGCGACCUGAGCCCCAGUGCCUCGGUGGCGGGGAGGCCAGGGCGCUGCCUCUCUCAGCGACAGCCAGCGGAAGGAGUCGCUGCUUCGGCAGGCGACUGUGCGGCACUCCGGAAACUCCCGCUAUUUAGUCCAGGUUGUAGUCUAAUUGUUGUGUUUUAUAUAUUUUUCUAUAGAA